AUGUGUAUGAAAUCACUGGAUGAUGUUUGUAAAUUGAACAAUGAGUUAGUCGUGAAUGAGAACUCUAAAACAAAACCAAGCCAAUCCAAUGGUGAGAACAAAUCAUUGUCUCAAUCGACUACCAGCUCUUUGUCUAAGAAUACCUCCGCCAAUAUUCCUACGAAUUUAUGUAUUGUCUGUUCUACAAGUCGUCGAAUGUUAGCAUUUGUGCCUUGCGGUCAUUUUGCUGUAUGCAUACCAUGUGGACAUGGCUUAAAAUUGUGCCCAACUUGUGGAUCAAACAUUAAAGCAUUGCUACGUAUUUAUGAUUAA